AUGACUACACGGCCCUCCAUUUCACCUUCCCCUCCACCAGAAGCGCCAGUCGCGUCCACACCGGGGCCUCGUGCUGCGGCGCUCCAGAAAGUGUUUGCAGGCGCAUUAUCGUCCUCGAUCAGAGCAAACUCUUACGCCAACUUCAGCUCAUGUUUCCCGACACCGGCGAAAUAUUGUCCGACGGCACUGGAAGGAGUAUGGAAGCAGCUUAACACCAGACUGGAAGAAGAAUGUACACGCGACUUUGAGAAGAUCCUCGAGGAACGACAUGUCAUUGAGGGGCUCAAUCAAUGGGACAGCAUGAUUGAAGAUGCAAGAACGAGGAAGAAUCGCAGCGUAGAAGGCGAGGUGCCCGACAGGCCACUACAUACCCUCUCUGCGGACGAACUGUACAGCGCUCAUGUGACACCCUAUUUGCAGCAGGCCAAAGCAGAAUUAUGCUCCAAAAUACAAACAACACAGCAAGACAACGCGAUGAUGGCGACGAAAGUCAACGACGAACGAGCUGAAAUUGAACAACUAUUAAAGGUCUUAGAAGGGGUCAUUCAGGACAUCGAAGGUAGUGUUGCUGCGAUGUAUGUGGACGAGCAGAACGGCUUCCAUGAACUGAAAAAUGACGUCUGGCAAAUGGAGCAAGAGGUGGCCGCAACAAGGUAG